ACAAAUAAAAAUGAUUUGUAGAUUAUGCCUGAAGCAUUUUAAAGAUGUAAUUAAUAUUUUUGACGAGAUAGGUAUUGAAUUGAAUGUGGCUGCAGUACUUGCUAAAUACUUCUGGUUCGAGCCAAGGAGUGACGACCCAAUAUCUACAGCAAUAUGCAAUUCGUGUUGGAUUAGCGUUUCCAAUUUCAAUGAAUUUUACUUAGGUGUUGAGGAAGCUCAUAGGCUUUUAACAGAGCGAUUUUCAUUAAAGACCGAUAUAGAGCCCAAUUGCAGUAGGAAGCGUAACUAUUCAAUAACCGACGAAAAAGAUGUCAAUGAAUGGUUAGAACAAAAUUUGUCAACCACAAUUCCCAAACUUGACUUCAGUAAUGAUGAUAAAAAUAAUAUCAUUACACCGGAAAAGCCUGCUAUCAAAGGCUUAAACUGUGUGGAAUCGAAUGAAUUGAAAUGUGAACAGUCGAUAGAUAAUGACGAGCCUUACAUAAAUAGUGAGUCAUUUAUGGAAGAAGUUAUGGGUAUUGUGGAAGAAAGCGAAGACGCACUUGCCUUACCGCUAGAACGACAACUUCGUUCCACUCGCUCUAAAACUAAGAAAAUUUCAGAACCCAUCAAAAGAACAUCAGGACGCGAAUUGAAAAUAAUGAACAAUGAAUGUCAAAGGGCAGAUUUUGGAAAUAGAAAACGUCGAGGUCGACCACCUAAAAUCAAAAGUGAUACAAGGGACAAAAAAGGGAAAACGAAAUCUAAAAUUGAUUCAAAUGAAGGUGAUGACUCGCAACAGGAAAGUUAUGAGGAACGAAUGCGUCUAAUUGAUGAAAAAAUCGCGCAAUGUAUACGUUUAGUAUGCGAUAUUUGUGCAACGGAACAACAGACAUUUUCUCAAUUAAGAAAACAUAUGGAGAAAGUUCACCAAUGUAAAGGUUACGCAACUUGCUGCAAUAAAAAGUUUAAUAAACGAGCCCUUUUGGUAGGACAUAUAGAAAAACAUAUUAAUCCAGAUUGUUAUAGAUGUGAGUCUUGCGACAAAACAUUUGCCGAUAAACAAUGCAUGCGCAACCAUUUCUUGAUCAAACACCAGCCGGAAGAAGAAAAACAGUAUCAAUGUGAACACUGUCCGAAACGGUUUGCACGUCCCUAUAUCCUUGAACAACAUCGUCUUAUUCAUGAAGAACGUAGUCACAUUUGUGAUAUUUGUAAAAGAGGGUUUGCAUCAGCCAACAUGCUGAGCACACAUAUGAAAACAAUGCAUUCGAGUUAUGGUGCCACUAUGUGUGAUGUUUGUGCGAAGGUCAUAAGGGGGCGCACAGCCUUUGCCCGACAUCAGUUGGAGCACUCUGGUAUUAUUUUGCCGAAAGUUCAAUGCGAAAAAUGUGGAUCAUGGCAUAAAGAUAAAUAUAGUUUACAGAAACAUAAGCGACGUCAUAACGACGAUGGCACCUUACACGUUUGUAGUAUUUGCGGAAAGGUGGCGCCAAACCGCAGCGCCCUACUCAGUCAUCAACGUUAUGUUCAUAAAUCUGAACGCGUUUUCGAGUGUAGUGUUUGCAAGAAAGCUUUCAAAAAAGCCAUAUCUUUAAAGGAACAUAUGACCACGCAUACAGGCGAGGUGUUAUACAGUUGCCCACACUGUCCUAAAACAUUUAAUUCCAAUGCAAAUAUGCAUUCACAUCGUAAGAAAAUGCAUCCUAAAGAAUUCGAAGAGACCCGCAAACAGCGGCGUGAAAAUGCUGCGAAACCGGAUGUUUAUAUCGAUAAAAUAGAUAAAGAUAAAUCAACCGAAACAAAAUCUCCAAAUAGUCAAAAUGCUACAGAAGUCGAUAUCAGCAGUGAUGAUGAUUCUAUGCCACAACUAAUUAUGAUUAAAUCAGACGAUGGAAGAGAAACACACAACAUUUUAGUGACAACAGAAGGUUUCAGUGAUAACGAAGACGCGAAUCCGAACGACAAUAGUAUAAUUUUUACAAUAAAUUAGUGUAAGGUACUUGAAAUAAAUUUUUAUUUUAUAUCAAAUACAAAUCUGUUCAAUUUUAAA